CCGCCAGUUGAAUUGUCUAACGACCGUAACUUAAAUUAAAGACCAUGGCUGUAGCAGCUGAAGACCCAAGAAGUUCUUUAGAAGAUUGCACGUGCCCAAUAUGCAUAAGUAUCAUGAUUUUCCCCGUAACAAUGCCGUGUACCCAUGAACUGUGUAUGCCAUGUUUUAAGCAUAAUGUCGAAGAGUCGAGUUUGCUGUGUCCCCUUUGUCGACGAAGAAUAUCUACCUGGACGCGACUUGCGUCAAGAACAAAUACCUUGGUUAAUGAAUCCAGGUGGAAACAGAUUCGCGAAUUGUUUCCAGAGAGAGUGCAGAGACGACUGGAUGGCAAGGACGAAGACGCCAAUGAAGAGACGUUUCAUCACCCACCAGUUCACCUAGCCGCCCCCGGUGAAAUAAGGAAGGAAUAUGAAGAGGAACUCCAUAAGCUUCGACUACAGCGCCUGGCUGAGCGUCAGAAGGAGGCUGAGGAGAGUGCCAAGCUGAUCGCUCGACUGGCACAGGAAGAAGACGACGUCACACUUCAACGCCAGCUCGAAUUGGCGAGAACAGUGCAACUAGACGAAGCUGUGGCCCAGGAACUCAAUGAGAUAAUCAAUAACGAGAAUGCGCCAAGCACAUCUACAGAAACUCUGAGAUUUACUGGAAGUUCGUCUAGUGCAAGCACAUCAAGCAGUCUCAGCGAUCGCAGCACCUUGGUGGCGUUCUUCAGUCCCAAGGUCAUGAAGGCGAAGGAUCCAUACCCAUACAGCUGUAUUUCGCCAGCAGACAAAGAGAAGGAAGACAAAUCUGACGGGCUUGGGUCUGUGGUGGACACCGCUUCAGGCAGAGGUUCUGCGAGUGCCAGGGAAGAUUUCAGACUGUUUGACACGUCUGACCACACAUACUGUCCACCGUCGCACUCAAACAAACCGAGCACAGUGGGACGGCCACCGAGUAGAGAGGGAGAGGGAGAAGGUUCCAGCACAGAGCAAAUAUCUUCCAGCACGAGUCAGAGACCUUUAUGCAGAGAGCAAAGACCUCCAAGCAGAGAGCAGAGACCUUUAAGCAGAGAGCAGAGACCUCCAAGCAGAGAACAAAGACCUUCAAGCAGAGAACAAAGACCUUCAAGCAGGGAACAAAGACCUCCAAGCAGAGAGCAGAGACCUUUAAGCAGAGAGCAGAGACUUUCUAGUAGAGAACAAAGACCUCCAAGCAGAGAGCAGAGACCUCCCAACACAGGUCAGAAGUCUGCCAGCACAGUGAAGAGACCACCGAGCAAAGAGCGAAGCCCUCCCCACAAAGCUAAAGAACCUUUGAGCACAGAUAUCAUUGCAUUGUUGUCGCCGCCGCCGGUUGACAGAAGAGAGAAACGGGACGACGCUGAGAGGAGUGCCAGCACCACGAGCAGUAACGACAGCAUCAACAACGAGCUGUCUCACUUCAAACCCAUAACCGCUUGUCCCCGAACUCCGCCGCGGAAACUUGCAAAUGGCGUUCUGGUCGAUCCACCAGUCGUUCGAACGACUCCUCGGAACCUUUCGAGAAACGACUUCAGCCCAUUGCACGAGCCGUCGUCAUCGUCGUCGGGACUCGACCCAGGGAGCCCGUUCAUGCAGCGCCGCUUACUGGAGCUGGCCGAGGAGCGGAAACAGAUGGUGAAGGAACGGUCAAAGUCCACGUCCACGGCAGCUGCCAUUCCAAGUCGGGUGGACGAUAUGGAUCAGCAUUUGGUGGGUUGCUUCUCUGCUGAAGAUGUGGAUGGACUGGAAAACCUGGUGCGUCGUCCUCUACAUAAGCAUUUAGACCAGAACAGCGAUGCUAACCCUGCGACUAACCCUCCUGCCGUGGAAUCGAAAACGAGUCUCUUGAUUCCCAUGGAGUCUAUAAUCGAAGACGACGAUCUGAUAGACGUCCCAUCGCUGUUUCCUCGCUUGAAGCCUGAAGAAACAAAAAAUCUCUGUAAUGAAAAGGAAAAUGUUAUACAGCCAUCUUCAAGUGGAGCGUCGUCGACUGAACGGUCAAAACUGCAAGGCAGUAAGUCGUCGAAAAAUACAACAAAUAAAAAUAGAGAGCCCAAAAGCAGAAAGAAAACUUUGACUUCUCCUCAGAGAUCCAUCAAAGACUGGCUAAUUAACAGUGAGAAACGUUCUGAGGGUGCAUGUAUAUCCCCAGACUUAUUCCCGAAUGAUUCAAAUUCGUCUGCGAAUUUUGAGCCCGUAAGUAAGGCAGAUGACUCUCUGGUGUCAGAGUCUUCUAAGCUGGAUUCCUACAUAGACAGAAAUGCAAAUGAAAGGUUUAAGAGUAAGCAUACGAGGUAUAUACAGCUGGAUGAAGAUUCUAAUGACUCUGAUUGUGAAGUCGUUUUUUCUAUAAGGAAAGCAGACUUGCAGGUUGGCAAGAAUGAUUUGGUGAAAGACAGAGGCAGUCUUGCUGAUCACGGUUAUCACAAGGAUAUAACUAGUACAGUAGUUCCUGUUGUUCCUGUUACGAGUAUUAGUAUCCCUGAUCAAGUCGGAACCGAUAGUCGAGAUAUCAGUAAAAGUUGUUCUACCCUCUGUGGAGAUAUUUCAAUGCCAUCACAUUCCAAUAGUAAAAGUCUAGUAACAAGUAAAAAGGAUUUGCAGAGUGGUAAGCUCUUUACUGAAGAAGUAAACAGUAGUGGUGGUAAGAACGCCGUUGCAGAGUGUGAUAAAAAUAAACAUCUAAACACAUCGGUGUCAAGCAGAGGACGACUGAUAAAAAAGAAAUCGUAUCCGUCUGACGACGAGGAUGAUAGUUCCGAGGAAUUCAUUGCAAAGUCGCUGUUGCCAAAGAAAACCGUUCGCUGUAAAAUGGGCCAAACCUUGAAGAAGAAGGUUAAAUCGGGAGGGAAUGAAAACACCGAUACACUGACCCACGGCAAAGCCACACGUCACAGCAGCAGUUUGGACUUGGUGUCUCGUUCGACAGGACAUGUACCUUGUGUAUCAUCCUCAUCAUCAACCACGACGAGGACCGGGAAGGUUCGAUCCCAUGCAAGCAGUCUCGAUUCCAGUGUUGUCCAGUCGGAUGCAGAUACCAGCUCGAAGAUUCAACCCGGGGAAAGGGAAGGAAAGAAAGUUUCGAAGGGGCGAUGCAGAUCUGGAAGGGACAACUCUGUGGAUGCUCCGACAGAGGGCGAUGAGAAGAAUUACUGCAUACAACAUGAUGUUUCUUCACGUAGUGUUCCGAAGAGCAGAACCAGAGGGGCUGCUGCUUCUAAGCAUAGACAAAGAUAUUAUUCUGGACAGGAGACGGCUGAGCGUAAACAAAGCCGUAAAAAACGGAAAUUCGUAAUUGGUGAGGAUGUGGCUGAUCCUGUAACACCAGUGAAACCGAAACCAGAUUCGGACUCGUUGCAAAUCGACAGAGAUGAGUGGCAGUGUUCUAGUCCAAAAAAGGGAAAAACAAGUCCGAGGAAAACGUUACGUAGUUUUAUCAAAUUUUUUGAAGUGCUAUCUCCAAAGAAAAGAGCUAGAAAGAAAACUAUGCAAACUUCAAAUGUGUCUGAAUUACCCACUCGAGGGAGAAGAAAAAGAAUCCCAAAUGAUGUGCAUAUAUCAGACUCGUCAGAUCCAGAAAAAAGAACAUUUGGUGAAAAGAAAAAGACAAAAAGUUAUUUUGGGAUCUCGGAAUCCUUUGUUGCUGAGAAAGGGCAUCCGAGGAAGAAAUUAAACAGUUGCAUUGUUGAUGUUCCGCAGUGUUCAAAUACGUUAAAAAGAAGAAAGCGUCCAAGGAAAACUUUAGGAAAGACAACUGGUGGUUCAGUGUCAGUAAGAAAAACUAUUGGUAGCAAGAAAAACCACUUGGACGUGUGUAAAUCUCCCACUCACAGUGAAGUGUCUCAGUCGCUGUCCCAGGAGGACCACGAUGGUGUUAUUGCGCGUAAACUCCAGAAACAGUUUGACCUCGAAGUCAAGUUGAAGCUGGUAGAGGGUAGAUUUAAGGGAACCGACAAACAGUACUACUUCCGUAGAGAACCAAAGUACAGCUGAUGUGGCCAUACAGCGGGCUGUUUAACCUCUUGAAAGACUGCUGGAAAAUGUGAUAUCUUCUAAAUAUGCUAUUGUAUGAAAUGAUGUGUAUAACAUUAAACAAGUGAAAGCUGCUACAGGGUAAAUUUAAGGGAACCAACAAACGGUACUUGUUCUAUAGCAAAACCAAAGAAUAGCUUAUAUGCUCUUUAAACUGAAAAAAAGAGAACCUGCUGGAAAAUGUGAUAUCUGUUAAAUCUGUUAAGUGGGAAAUGAAUGUUUAUAUCUGAUGUUUAUACAGUGCACAAAUCAGCAAUAAAGUCAACUAGUUGCCGGUGGUCGGCUAGAUGGUUUUCAGCUUGUAGAACCAAUUUUCUGUUGGUCAUGUGAUCAAUUACAGUUAAAGUAGCAGGGCUUGAAAUUAACGGGCAGCAGGCAGCAAAUGCCUCUCGAAAUACGUAAUAUGCUUUCUAAUAUAAUUGGAAUUAAUUUCACAAGCACAUUUUGCUUUCCAUCCUAUUUUGACAGCAGUCCUGCUAACAAAAGUUAUACACCACAAGUCUAAUUAGAAGUUUAAUUCUGAGACCCUAACAUUUUAUUUGCUUCCAGAAUAAAAUUUGAGAAGCAGACAUUACUUCCUAUUCCAUUCCAAAAAAUUUUAAAAAUUAAUUUCGAGACUUGCAAUUGUUGAAUAAUUUAAACAAUUUGGGGUCCUCACAAGUUGCUGUUAUGCUAAGGUGUUCAGAAUGAGUCAGAAACAACCAUGGGUUGUUAAUUGACAUUGGGUAAUGCCAAACAUAAGAAACCAACCAUGGGUUGUUAGUUGACAUUGGGAAAUGCCAACCAUGGGUUGUUAGUUGACAUUGGGUAAUGCCAACCAUAAGAAAUCAACCGUGGGUUUUUAGUUGACAUUGAGUAAUGCCAACCAUGAGUUGUUAGUUGACAUUGGGAAAUGCCAACCAUGGGUUGUUAGUUGACAUUGGGUAAUGCCAACCAUAAGAAACCAACCAUGGGUUAUUAGUUGAUAUUGAGUAAUGCCAACCAUAAGAAACCAACCAUGGGUUGUUAGUUGACUUUGUUGUUGGAUUGUGUACUGUACAUGUAUGUGCAAUUAUUCUUGAUUACUGUGAAGCUGCUGUGAAGAAAGUAGCUGCUGUGUAUAAUGUAUGAUGUUUUUACAUACAUUAUUAAUACAGGUAGUUAAAUAGGGACUGAGGGACCAUAUACAAAGUAUGGAAAGGUAGAUUUGGGUUAGUUUACAUAGGUUGCCAUACAAGGUGGGGGGGGGGGGGUAGGUCUGUGAGUAGUGGUGAAGGUAGCCAAAUGUGUGUACUUUCUUUGUUUUAAUAUGGGUUUAUUACAACUGACAGUGUUUCUGCCAGAAUAUGUUUUGGGUAUGGCACUAUGAAAUUGAAUAUUUAUAAUGUGUGUGAUCAAUGUAACCGCAGUCGACGGGGUAUGGGGGGCCUCCCCCCAGAAAGAAGAUGGGUAUGGUUUAGGUUAGGGUUAAGAAAAUUAUACAGUAAUGAUAAAAAUAAUUAAUUUUGUUAAAAUGUUAAGCUUAAAAAAAAAUAGCAAACAAUUUGGGUAUGGCGCCAUACCUGUUUUAUCUUCUGGCAGAAACCCUGACUGAUUUCAUUUGUAUUGGCUGAGAUAUUGGCAUCUUUUAUUAUUGAAAUAUACUUUGGUAAAACAGUGCUGUCAGUAUCAGCAUAAUAGGUAAAAUAAACAUUCUUCAGAUGAUACUAAUAGAUACUCCAUCAGGCUUAUGUCUGGUGGGGAUGGGAUGGUGUGGGUGCAUGCUUACCAAAUUGUGUUUUAUAUGGCUUUGGAUGUGGUCAAACAGUUGUGUGUGCUUGCAUACAUGUGUUGUCUGAUGUUAGUAAAAGUAUUUUUUUUUAGCAUAAAGUACUUUGUAUGUGGUCCCUAAAUGAAAGAAUACGUGUAUAUAAAGACAUAAACCUUAGCCUAAAUGGAAACGUCUUAAUUUGCUAAAUCUCAUAUGCAGUGUUCAAAUCAACAAUAAAAUCAACUACACCUAAGUGGAUAGAUACAUGGUUUUUAGCCUGUAUUUCCCUCUCCCUCCCCCAAUAGCCUGUGUGUCUGACCAAUAUAAAUGUAAAAAAACUAUAAAAAAUUGGAUGAAGCAACAAAUAAGGGGCUCUAUGUGUUAUUUUGGGGGUAAUUACAAACUCCCCCCAAUAGCCUGUACCUCCCCUCCCCCCAAUAGCCUGUGUGUCUGACCAAUAAAAAUGUAAAAAAGAAAAAAGAAAAAAAAAGUAUUUGGAUGAAGCAACAAAUAAGGGGCUCUAGGAGUUAUUUAGGGGAUAAUUACAAACAUUAAGAAACUAACUGCAUGUAUGGAUGGUUGGUUGACUUUAUUGUUGGGUCAUGUGUGUGUAGCCAUUGCGAUGGUAUUUUGUGGGGCCGUUUUAUAUAAGGAACACAAACAACCUUUAUGAGCAAAUGUCUGAAGAUUGCACCAAUUUGUCGAGACAAAAAGCUGUAUUACUAUUAAUAAGAACCUAUUUUUAAUGAAUGCUCAGAUUGUGUUCUUUAUAUGACAUGGCCCAAUAAAUUAAUACCCUAUUUUCAUAAUGAAGGCUAAUGAUUUGUUUGUUUUCUUUUUGUCGUGGGUAUCACAGGAAUAUUACAGUAACUACAUUUAUUUGUUAAGUAGAGCUUUAUGACUAAGUAGUGCUUUGUGGCUAAGUAUUUUAUAUAUUUUAUGAGUAUCUAACCACUAACCUCACAGGCAACUGUAACACAGAUUAACAUACAUAAAUAAAACUAUUGUAUAAUGGUAAAUCAAGAUUGGUUUACGCAAGUAAAUUUGGUGUGUAUUGGUAAAUGUUAUAUAAUUUCGACAAUAUUUGCGUUUUACCCUCUUCAUUCAUCUCAAUUUUAUUGCCUUUUAACGUGUAUGUAUUUAUAAUAAUAAUUUCUAUCUCUACAAUAUAUUUUUUGUUCAGAAUACAUGUUAAAUGGCUAUAAGAUUGAUAUUAUGUAUGAACAGAGUAUAAGCAAAAUAUUGUGUAAAUACUUGCAUAUAAAAUGUACUAACAUUCAACGAUUUUAUUUAUGUGUACUAAUCAGUGUCAGGUGGCUGUGAUUAAACCAUGUGUACAGUGCAUCACACAUUUGUCCUCAUUGAUUCUGUCAUUCUGUCUCUAAGUCUAACUCAAUUUUAAUGUAGGGCAGGAGGAAGCUGGGUUAUGUGAUGACUGAUGUGUCACAGGAUCCAAUGCCCUCCAGGGACAUUUUUUUUUCUCUUCCCUAUCCCAACCAAUGGAACGAUCCUCUAUCAGGGUUCGUAUGGGUCAUGAAAAUCCUGGAAUUUGCAGAUGUUACUUUCCAGGCCCCAGAAUAUUAAGGAAUUUUUUAGUUUGGUCAUGGGGAUUUCAAAAAAAGAUAGUUUUCAGGCAACAUCUGUUAGUGUUGGAAAGUAUAAUUUUCAUGUCCAUUAUUCGGAAUUUCCACCAUCAAAUUCUCAAGUAGUUUAUCACUUGCGGCACUGUACAAUAUCCAUGAUAUAAAUGAAUUCUUGGAAGUCCAGUAACUUGAUUUGAUGAAAAUCCAAAUCGGUUCUGAUGAAAUUAAAUUACGAAAAUGUAUUUUCAAAUGCCCUCACCCCCCUCUUUUUUUAUCUUAAUGUAUUUGAUCAUCUUAUAAGCUGGUAUGAUAUUUUUGUCUUAAACUUGCACAAAAUGAGAUUUUUUUUUUGACAUAUCUGUAUAUUGUGAAGAGAUUUUUUUCUAUUCUGAUUGCACAUGUAUGUUAUCACCUGUGAAUAUUUCUUGCAAUCUACUACCCAAAACAUUGAAAAUCUUAUUUGGAGGCGAGUGAAGGUGUGUGUACCUUUAAUGAGUUUAGACAUUGUUGUUUGAAAUGGGCACAAUCUGAUUGAAAUGGGCAUUAUGAAUUGUUAUAUAUAUAUAUUUUUAAUACAAAUAUGUAUUAAGAAAAUGUUUGAAAAAAAAAUGAAAGCAAAAUUAUAUUGUUAAUUUAGGUAAGAUGAUAUAGUACAUGUAUUAGAAGAAUAUUUGGUUCAUUUUGGAAUGCAAAGCUGGGAUUUGAAUGUAAUAUAUGUAAAACACAAUCUAUGCAUGAUAUUUAUAUUUAUUGUUAGGGCAUGUUUAAUUUGAUUUUGUUUUAAAUUACCAUGGAUUUUGGUGUGUUUUAGAAAAAUGUGCUGGAUAAGCACCUCUUACAAUUACUUAUAAUCUUAAAAGUUGUGCUAGUAUCAAAGUUUUAUGUUUGUAUUUUUAUCUUCUGUUUUCACUCUUUUUCUCUCUUUCUUUCUUUUUAAUUUUUUUUUUUUUUUACAGAAUUAUAAUUUAUCAAACCCAAUUAGUUAUGAAUUUUGUGGACUGCAUUUAUACAAAUGUAGAGUAAGCGUGAAACGCCCUUUAAAACAAACAUGUACAUGUAUCAAAAUCUCCUACUUUUAAAAUGUGAAACAUCACAUUCUAAAUUAAUAAUAAUAAUAAAAACUAGCUAAAAAGAA